AUGAUUAAACAACAGCAACCACAGCAACUUAAGGCACAAAGCACCCAGGUCCUUCAGACCAUUACAUACGCCAUAUAUGCAUAUAAUUCAAAGACGGCAGAACAAACGCAAAGGUUGAAAUAUGGAGAUUUGGAGAUAGUAUUGAAAAAUGAACAUUUCGAAUUCGUUUGCAAAGGUGGUGCAGUGAUAUCAAAUAUAAAAGAAAUUUUAUUUAUGAAUUCAAAAAUUAAAGGUAUAACGGAUGAUAUAACAUCAAUUCCACCAGAAGAACAGAGAUAUUACGCAUUAAAUGCAUUUCCUAAAGUUUUGAAGAUUGGAAGAUUUAAUUUAAAUGAGGAAUUCAUAGAAGGUUUCCUAAAUGACAUAAUGAAGAAGGCAGAUAAGGAAUAUGUGGAUAGUGAGUUAAAUAAGAAGGCAAAUUUGGUUUAUGUUGAUGAAAAAGAUAAUGAAAUUAAAGAAAAGGUUGAAUGG